GGUCGACAGCCAAUCGCAGGGGUUGUUUUUAUAUUUUACAAUGGGGCGCUACUUUAAAAACAAACAAAAAUAUGUAUUUUUGCGGUAACUGGAGCUGAUAAAUGGCAUUUCAAUGGGGAAUGUUGAUUUAAUCCAUCCCUCCAUUCUCGAUUGGUUGAUAGUCAGUCAGUCAGUCAGUCGCAGGGCACAUAAAAGUGUAAAUCGAGUUGCAAGCGUGGUUGUGGAAUGAAUUAACCUCGUAAAUGAAGGUGCCACGAGCAAGUUUGAGCAGCGCGUCAUGUGACAGCCAAGUCGGGAGCUAAAGUCACAUGACUGUGUUGGCGUGCCCGGAAGUGCCGAGUAGGGCUGUUGCGAGUUGGAAGAAAGAAAAUGUCCAUUUGUCAAAGCAGACAAACGUUUGUCAGGCCGGCGCUUCCGUUCUCAUGGACCAUCCAAGGUGGACUUCUUCCCGGCGAGAUGGUCCUCAUCAAAGGAGCGCUGCCUUCUGAUGCUGACAGAUUCCAGGUGGACCUGACGUGCGGCAGCAGCAUGUCGCCGCGCGCCGACGUGCUUUUCCACUUGAACCCGCGCGUGAAGAAAGGUCACGUGGUGUGUAACACACUUCAGGGGGGUCGCUGGGGUCGCGAGGAGAUCCUUCACCACAUGCCCUUCACUCACGGCGCCCCCUUUGAGCUGGUGCUGCUCGCCCUCAACGACUGCUUCAAGGUGGCGGUAAACGGCGCUCACGUGUUGGACUACAAACAUCGACUGGCGCUGGACCUCGUCGACACGCUGGCCGUUUCGGGAAAGGUCAACGUUGAUGUCGUGGCCGUUCUGCCGCAAGCUACAGCGCUUUCGUCACCCACCGCCACGCCGGUCAAUCAGGACGCGGAGCAGCCACGUUUGGCCGAUGACAUCGCAAACUCGCAUAUGCUUGUCAUGUCAGCUGAUGCGCGCGGCGGAUUCCAGGGUGACCUGGCUGGCGGCCUCCGUGCGGGCAGCAGCAUCGCCAUCAGAGGACGAGCCAAUCAGGGGGCAGAGAGAUUUGCGGUCAACCUGUACGUGGGCAACAGCAGCGACAUCGCGCUGCACCUGAACCCGCGCUUCAAACACAAAAUGAUUGUGGCGAACUCCUUCCUGUCUGGUUGCUGGGGCAACGAGGAGCGCCAAGUGGACUCCUUCCCCUUUGGACCCGGACUCUACUUUGAGAUGAUCGUCCGGUGUGACGGCAACUUUUUCCGCGUGGCCGUCAACGGCGUCCACCAGCUGGAUUACAAAUACAGAGUUUACGACCUGCGAAGCGUCACGCAGCUGCAAGUGACAGGCGACGUGACACUGAUGGAUGCCAGGGUCAUAUGAUGUCAUCACAUCAAAACAGGAAAAACGGCGCUACUUCCUGUCUAGACGUCGUCAUGGUAACUGCAUUUAUGUAAAGUGUAAGUCUGGUUUUUAACUGUUGUCACCCUGGGACCCGCAUUUUCCUAUUGUGGCCACGACCCACAUCGACAGAAGUGAGCAACAAAGAACGUAUUGUUCAGAAAUAGCCUUCGAAAACAAAUGUAGCCCAUAUAUCAUUAUCUUACACAUAACAUGCUAACAUAACAUAACAUAACAUGCUUGCAUGUUGAAAGUGACUUCCAGAGCACCAUAAGAAACUAAGGAUAAAAAUACUAUAACAACUGAAUGUACAAAAAAUGAAUAUUGUGCACUGAUCAUUUUUAAUAAUGUACAACAUUAAGUUUGUCGUCUUGGGAAAUAUUUCACUGCUCCUAUGACAGUGACGUAGCCCAAAUUUUUAGGAAAGUCGUCAGUCUAAUCACUGAUCUGUUCUAACACAGUAGUAAGUUAUAACUACAGCAAAUACUAAAAACGCUUCUCGGCCAUAGAAUCCAUCCACUUCCAUUGGAUCGCUGUAUGUCUCUGGCAAAGACAUGAAACAAUCAAAUGAAAAAACAGUAAAUUGUGCUUCUUGUACCACGAUUGUUCUUGCGCCAACCUCAAAAUGUUUUAUGUCAGAAGCGUAAGCCAAGACCCCGGCACAGUAAUUGCAAUUAUUACUACUUGUCCGCGACCCACCAGUUGAGAAUCACUGCUUUAAACAACAAAGGACCACGCACUGCUGUCAUGUUAUGUACAAUUUUAUGUCAAAUGAUAAAACGUUAAAUACAUUAUUAACACCUCCUUGAAAUAAUUUUUUUUUACAAUAAAACAUUCCCAGCAUGCACCUGAGGUUUCCAUGAGGAAGCCGGUGUAUUCAGAA